AUGAGUCAAGACGAUUCCUAUACUGUUUACUCUGUUCUCAUUGUCGCCACAGUUUUUCAUUUUGUGGGGCUCACUGCAAAUCUGUUUAUUGCAGUUUUCAGUUGUAAGAACUGGAUGGAAAAUCAAAGAAUUGUUUCUUCCGACAAGAUCCUCUUCAGCUUGGGCAUUGCCCGGUUUCUUAUGAUGGGACUGUUUCUCUUGAACGUUUUCUGCCUCUUCAUCUCCCCUGCUCUUCUCAGGUCAGUCCACGUAUCUAUUUUCUUCCUGGUGUGCUGGAUGUUUCUGGACUCCUGUAGUCUGUGGUUUGUGACCUUGCUGAACACCUUGUACUGUGUGAAGAUUUCUAACUUCCAACACUCAGUGUUUCUCCUGCUGAAGCAAAAUCUCUCCCCAAAGAUCCCUGGGCUGUUGGUGGCCUGUGUGCUGAUUUCUGCCUUUACCUCCCUCCUAUAUGUUGUGUUCAGACAGACUUCACCCACCCCAGGACUCGUGGUUGGAAAGAAUGACACAGAGUUAGACCUGAAAGAGGACGUUCUGUUUUUGCUGACCUCUUUUAUCCUGAGCUCAUCUCUGCAGUUCGUCGUGAAUGUGACGUCGGCUUCCUUGCUAAUCCAUUCCUUGAGGAGACACAUACAGAAGAUGCGGAGAAAUGCCUCUGGCUUUUGGAAUCCCCAGACGGAAGCUCAUGUGGGCGCCAUGAAGCUGAUGAUCUGUUUCCUGGUCCUCUAUAUUCCCUACUCUGCUGCCACCCUGUUCCUCUACUUACCUUUUCCUGUUCAGAUGCCUAUGGUAUCCAAAUUAAUUUGUAUGAUUAUUUCUACACUUUACCAUCCAGGACAUUCUGUUCUCAUUAUUCUCAUGCACCCAAAACUGAAGACCAAGGCAAAGCAGAUUCUUUGUUUCAAAAAGUAG